CUGUCUACAUAAAGGGAGAGAAGAAAGGAUGCUCUGCAGGAAAACAGAAGCAGAUCUCCGCUGCAGACUUGCACGAGCGUUUUUGACUCGUGUUAAAUAGUUGAGCCCGAGCUGACCGGACCAGAACCAGAACCGAGUUUCUUCCUUCCUGCUGGAGGCACACAUUAAGUGUUUUAAAUGCAACGUUUGAUCUGUGAGAAGACCAUGGCAGCCGAGACGAAGAACGGCGGGAGUUCCCUGAACAACCCCGCGUGUAAAGACCACAGCAGGACCAAGCUGCUGGUCGCUGUGGACCUCUUCUGCUUGUUUUUAGCCGGCCUGCCUUUCUUGGUCAUAGAGACGUGUGCGGUCCAACCGUACCGUCGAGGGUUUUACUGCGCCGACGAGUCCAUCAAGUACCCGGCCAAAAACAGAGACACCAUUAGCGACGGUGUGCUCAGCGCCGCAGGCAUUCUAAUCACCAUCCUGUCUAUCAUAAUCGGGGAAAGCUACAGGAUCUACUUCCUGAACGAGGGCUCCAAGUCGUUUGUGGGGAACCCCUACAUUUCUGCUGUUUACAAGCAGGUGGGGGUGUUUGUGUUUGGCUGCGCCAUCAGCCAGUCCUUCACCGACAUCGCCAAAGUGUCGGUGGGCCGCUUGCGUCCUCACUUCCUGGACGUGUGCAUGCCUGACUUCUCCACCAUCAACUGCUCCCUGGGCUACAUCACAGACUACCAGUGUCAGGGUCCGGAGAGCAGAGUCCAGGAGGCCAGGAAGUCCUUCUUCUCUGGACAUGCGUCCUUCUCCAUGUACACCAUGCUGUACCUGGUGUUCUACCUGCAGUCUCGUUUCACCUGGCACGGAGCCCGCCUGCUGCGCCCGCUCACCCAGUUCACCCUCAUCAUGAUGUCCUUCUACACCGGCCUGUCUCGAGUGUCCGACCACAAGCACCACCCCACCGACGUCCUGGCGGGCUUCAUCCAGGGGGCCUUGGUGGCCUACUGCAUCGUUUUCUUUGUGUCAGACUUGUUUAAAGUGAAAGGACGACGCUCCUCCCUGUCGCCUCCAGCAGUGAGGAAAGAUCUGCUUCCUGCAGCAGAUACCAGAGAGAGAGGCAAUCAUGUCAUCAUGGCCUGAAGGAGACCUGAUCAGUGACUGGGCACAGAACGGACCUGCGCCUUGUUACAAGUCCUCUCUGCAGCCUCGAGUCCUGACUGGAUAGUAUGGCGUGGUAUGAGGGUCAGAAUUAACCAGCGGUUGUAGCGUCCUUGUAGCAGGACAAUGUAUCUAUUCCUAAACCAGCUGUUGAUCUGAUUAAUAAUAGGCUGGCACCGCUAACUGAGAGGCCAUUGCUGGCAAAUGAGGAGACUAUUUAUUUGUGUUAGCGUCAGAGAGGCUAGCAACUAGCAUGGAUAAGCUGGUGUUAGCAUUGUAGUGGCUAGCAACUAGCAUAAAUAAGUUGGUGUUAGCAUCAUAGUGGCUA